CGCGUCGGUCCCGGGCGCCGCAGCGAGGGCCGCCCCGCCAUGGGCAAGAGCCGAACCAAGCGCUUCAAGCGGCCUCAGUUCUCCCCCACAGGCGAGUGCGUGACGGAGGCGGCGGCGGCGGCGGCGGGAGACAAGGAGGACGGGCGGGAAGACGCGCCGGCGGCCGAGCUGUUGGACAAGCUGCAGCACCCGAGCGCCGAAGUGCGGGAGUGCGCCUGCGCGGGCCUGGCGCGACUGGUGCAGCAGCGGCCGGUCCUCCCGGCCCUGAGCCGCCGCCACGCCGUGCGGACCCUCGGACCCCUGCUGCUCGACCCCAGCCUGCCCGUCCGAGAGACGGCCGCCGGGGCCCUCCGAAACCUCAGUGCCUGCGGAGGUUUUGAAGUUUGUGAUGAUAUGGUUACCAAGGACAUUAUGACCCCCCUUAUUGCACUUUUAAAAGAGUGUAGCGUCGGAAUGGAUUCCAAUGGCGUAUCUUCACGGACCAAUAAAGAUUCAAACAAAAAUUAUAUCGAAGACAUAGCUAAUGAGGCCGUGAACGUGCUUUGGAAUGUUUGUGAAUGCAGUAGCCAAGCAGUGUCUAUAUUCAACAAGGAAGGGUGUUUGGAGCUUGUAAUGAAAUACUUAAGUAGGUUUUCCACCAAUGUUGAGUUGGCCAUUUCUGUAGCAUAUUGUUUACAGGCAGUAACAGAAGACAAUCCAGACCUUCUGAAGUCUUUCACCGUUUCAGCAAUGCAGGUGCUUGAAUCGGCAAUGCUCGAUCCCGACAGUUCAAUGGAGCAUAUCCUGCUGAAAACAUUGGUGGCAGGUACCGUUUGGAAUUUAAAGGACAUCAUUCCGUCCAGGAGUCAAGCAGACACCAUAAAUGCCCUUUUGAAGAUUUUUUCUGACGUUUUGGAAAUAGAUGCUGGUGAAACAGUUAUUAAGAUGAAGAAAGCUGAAACAGAAAGGUUAAAAGCUGCUGCAGAGGUUGAAGCAGAGGAGGAAAAGGUUGAGGACAUGAAUGAGUCUGCUUUGAAUGAUGAUGAUGAAAUGGAAGAGAUUCCCCACAAAAGAAAAGUCAGAAGGAAAACCUUCAUUUCAGAUCUACUGCCACCCACUGACACGGAAGUGAAACAGACAGUAGCCUUACUGGCCGCUCAGCAGACUACCCUGGAGAUCAUCGUCAACAUGUGCUGCAGUGAAGAUUCUUCGGAUGACGAAUGGGAAGAACUCUCCAGCAGUGACGAAAGCGAUGCCGUUAUGGAGAAUUCCCUCAGUGAGUGCGGUGGGCAGCUCAUGUCUCCACUUUGCCUCUCCGCUGAGGUGCUCUCUGCUCUAACCAACUCCCUCAUUCCGAAGAAGAUUUUUGAGAAAACUGCUUUUCCAAACAGCGAAGCAGUUGACAUCUGUUCCAGCAGCCCUGCAUGGAAGCCAUUGCUUAAAAAGAUGAACACAGUACAGUGUAGAGCGCUCACGUGCCUUCAGAGUAUUGUGUCUGUGUUGGAUGCGGAUUGUCUCGGAGGGGCUCCGGCUCUGCAGACACUUGCUCAGCAUUUAUCCCAACUCCUUUUUUCUCAGCCAGGUUUUACUAAAAACACUGAAUUCCUAGAAGCCAUAAGCAGCGCUUUGAGGGCUCUUUUGCAGACGAUGGCAUCAAAGAAUAUUUCUCAGUGCAUGACUCCUGAACAGCUGAUGACCCUCUGUGAAGCUGGUAUUCAUAGUGACAAUAUCGGUGUUAGAGUAAAUGUUGUCAGUAUCCUAGGAAUCACUGGCAGUGUCCUGUCGAAAGAAGAUGGAACAGCUGAAACCCUCCAGACUAUUGGAAAAUUUCUUCUCGAAGUUGCCAUCAAAGAUUCUUCUCUCGUGGUGACUGGAGAAGCUCUCGAUGCCCUCUUUGAUGUUUUUGCGGAUGGGAAAGAGGCCGAAAAAGCAGCGUUCCAAAUUAAAUUGCUUUCUGCUCUGAAAGCCUUCCAACCGGUUUUCAAAAUGAAGAUGCGAAAAGAAGGAAGAGGAAAAUACAGUACAGAUCAAUUAUGUGUUCUCGAUAAUGUGAAAAUGAAUUUAAGAAGAUUCAUUGUGUACCAGGAGACUGUAGAAAAAAGACUGACUUCUUGAAAACACCCAAGACUGACUUGAUUCUUAAUAUUUGUCUUGAUAGUUUCCACACUAUCUAUUAUAUUAGAAAACCAAGUGUUCCGCUUAGACUUUAACAUUGCCUCAUUCUGGAAAUGAGACUUGUUUGAACUGGAUGCUGCUUAUUAAAAAGUCAGUGUUAAUUUAGCAUUUAUUAAAUAUUAGAAAUGUACAGGGACUUCACUACCACUCUGAAAGCUGCCUCUGCCUUGCUAAAAAAUUUUAAUUAUAAUUCCAUCGGAAAAUACAACAAUCUCAGGUGGUUCAUAAAUCACAAAAUGAUCUUGUUUUUUAGAUGAAUUUUAUAAAAAGGAACCUAAGUAGAGUGUAGAAAUGCAAAGGAAUUAAUAUUAUUUCCUGUUGACUUGAAAAUAAAAAGAAAGUUUCUAAACCAAAGCCUUAGGCCCAUAAAAUGGGAUAUUCUUAUUAUGUUCUUUUUAACAGAAGAAUUUGGGGUCAUAAAUUGGUUGCAGUGACAAAAAUCAUGAAGUUCUGCUAAGGAGGAACCUGCAGAGAUGAUUAACUGUGAUAUUCUAAAUUCAGCUGUUUCCCUUAAUGUGAUUUGGUCACAAAUAAAGAAUGGAAUGUUAUGGAGAAUAUACCCCUUCUUUUUUGAAAUGAUGUUCAGGGUUUUCUAAUGGUUUUGAUAAUGCUGGUCUCUGGAGAAAGCAGUUAAAGUUUAUAAAAUACAUUCAAAAUACGUAUUCAUUGUCAUUUGCUAGUUUUAUAGCUAUACAAUGUGACCUAAUUCUUUUAUCUUUGUUUUCUUUUUAAAUAGAACUUCUCACUAUGCAGUUCUUUCAUGUGUAGUUUGGGGUAAAAUGUGUAAUGGUUAACCAGCCUGGUUAUCAAUCAUUCUCAAUAAAGAUUUAUGAGAGAAUUUAUUUCCCCUAAAUAUCAUUUUUCCCCCAUAUACAUCUGCCUGAAUAUUAUAUGCUGAGUACUUCAGACUUACUGCAUGACUGAAAUAAAUUUCCGUUGUAAUAUUUUUGAUGGAGCCUUCCCCCAGAAAAGUUUUCAUUCCCUUUUUCACACAUUCUUUGGUUACAUUUGGCUUCUUUUCCGCAUAAAAAUGCUUUCAGAGUGUGAUGGUUUCUAAGGAAUAAAAUUUUCAAAAAA